AUGGGCGCCACGCGCGAAUUUCAAACAACCACAACAACAUCAUCAUUCGAGGCCAAGGGUCUCUCAAACUAUGGUACGAACCAAAACACGACAUAUAAUAGACGGAAUAAAAGGGCACGGCUAGAUUUGGUUGGAAAAGCUGUUGAAUUUGUUAAUGUGGGAUCAUCUUUUAAUAACUAUAUAACAUGGUAUUAUAAGAAAAACACUAACAAUAUUAUCAAUCAUUCAGUAUUUCUGGAUUCAAUAAAAUCCGAAUUGUUAGAAUUAUUAAAAUCAUUAUCCCUGCCUAUCAAAUUCAAUCUUAAAUUGGAAGCUGUAUAUAAUAAACCUAAUAUUGAAAAUUCGUCCGUGAAUAGGGCUUUUAAGACCUCGGCGAGAGCGAUUUUUAAUAAUACUAAUGUGGAGGAAAGUGUCGAUGAUAUAUUUAUCACAGUUUUAACUGAGGAGGAAGCUUAUCAAGGGAAAGGCAGCGGGUUCACUCUGGAAUUGAUAGAUGGAUUAUUACUAGGUGUAUAUAAAUAUACUCCAUUAGGUGCGAGCUCUUUUAUUGACUUACCUAAAGAUAUUCAGAAUAAAAAAGCAGUUAUUAAUCCUCAAAAUUCAGAUAAUCAAUGUUUCAAGUGGGCUAUACUAGCUAAGCAUGUUACAGACGAAAAUAAACAACGAGUCGGUCAAAACUAUUUUAAUCACGAACAAAAAUACAUAUUCACUGGAAUAUCAUAUCCCACUCCAAUAAACGAAAUUAAAAUAUUUGAAAAAAAUAAUAAUGUUUCAAUAAACAUAUACGGUCUUAAAAAAUCUAAAAAAGAUCAACAUUUGGUUUUUCCACUACGUGUUGUUGAACAAAAACUAAAUCAUUUCGAUUUAUUGUUAUUAAAAGAUGAAGAUAGGUCGCACUAUACUUAUAUUUCAAACUUUUCCCGGCUUACUCGUGCACAAAAAACUCUGCACAAGGAAAGUGUAAUAUUUUGUAAAAGGUGUUUUUCAUCUUUUGACAGCAGACAAAAAAAUAAAUUCAAUGACCAUAUCCGAAUUUGUGGUGAUCAUAAACCCAUACUUCCAAUUAUGCCAGCAGAGGGGGCUUCACUAGAAUUUGAUGCGUGGAGUAAGACCCAACGUUUGCCAUUUGUAAUAUUUGCAGAUUUUGAAGCCCUCCUUUUAAAAAUUAAUAAAAAAUGUGGUAAGAAUACAACGGCAAUCCAAUCGCAUAAACCAAUGAGCUAUGGCUUUAUGGUUAAAGCUGCAGCAGAUGUUCCACUCGAAUUACUCGAAAAGUUUAAUAUUCCACAGACUCCAAUCAUUUAUUGAGGAUCUGAGAACUCAGAUAACGUUGCAAAACACUUUUUGCAAGCUAUUGUGGAGGUUGCACAAAGUUAUAUAGAUUAUUGAAAACAACCAAUAUACCGAUAAACAUGAGUUAUGAUGAACGUCGAAAACAUAUAUCUACGACCAAGUGUGAUUUAUGUAAAAUCAACUUCACUUUUUCGAAUAACAAAGUUGCACAUCACGAUCAUUUAUCGGGUAAAUUUUUAAAAAAUUUAUGCAACACAUGCAAUUUGAAAUUAAAGACCCAAAUAUUUUUUCCGUGUUUCUUACAUAAUUUAUCAAAAUACGAUGCUCAUUUUAUAGUAACAGAGCUGGGAUAUGACUCGCAUAAAAUAAAUGUCAUUCCUCAUAGUGAAGAAAAUCUCAUUUCUUUCUCGAAAUAUAUUAGCAACGAUUUUACAAUUAG